UUGAAUUACGACUAUGCGCAUGACUUGUUCUACACGUGUCACCCCGUCACACGUAUCACUCCAUCGUAUAAAUAACGAACGCUGAAAGACAGUGGAGAUUAUUCGAGUUACCGAUCCCCGAAGUUUCGGUCCGUGCAUUUUCAACUAUCGCAAACGUCUUGUAACAUAAUCACCCUCAGCCCCAAUCCAAAAUGAUUUCUGCCUGCAGUGCCAGCUUUGCGGGGCCAAAUGUUUGUAAUGUAACAACACUCGCUACCUUUUUGUCCAUGCUGAACGUCUCAACGCGAAACUCAGAUGUGAUUUCCAGCCCAAGUGAUCAAAUUAGAUUAGCCGAUUCCACGGACCAGAAUUGUGACGUAAUAGUGAUCGGAGACGUUGAUGGAGGUCCUUCAGCCUCGAUUGGUCCAGCCCGGAUCGAGAAGAAGUCGGAACCAACUCACCCGGAUAGCAGAGGUAAAAUCAGCCUGGCCUUGAGUUACCUCAAGGAAUGGUAUUCCGUCCUAUCGGGAAACAAACUGAGCACGCCGCGAGAUGUCGUAAGUCUUAACGACGACUUUAAAAUCGUGAUGGGUUCCGCCAUAGUGCUGAAGAUAAUCACCAUAUAGGACAGUUUUCAGUUUGCUGGUCGGUGAGUAAACUUGAAUAAUCAGACACGUGACUCGACAGUUCCGGAGCUUUACGUUGACGGCGCCACUUGUCGAUGUUCAAGCAUCAUCCGUACGAACCUGCCUUACUAGCCAGCGAAAAAUUAUCGACUUUCGUUUGAAAGCGGGAUAAGUUUUUUACUUCGUACCUACACGCAAUAAAUUAUCCGCAAAAUUGUCUCAGCUGAUUCAGCGAGUAAAUUAAUUGUUUAUAACUAUUUUUACCCUUUUUUUCUCACUUUCGCGUUGACUUGUCGUCAAAUAGUCAUUUUCACAUAUGUAGGGAAAAAGCAAACAAAAAACUUUACGCUUAUCGUAAAAAUCGUAUAGAAUCAAAAAUAAAUUUGCUGCACUUCGGAAGUAAAUUUAUGUGCAGCUUUUUGGUGAAAAAAUCUUUACAGUUUCCAAGGGGGUGAAUUGUCGAACGGUUCAUGUGCCGAGAGCUUAAACGCAGAGUUCGAUAUCAACCUUAAAACGUUGACAACUUUUUAUACCGAGGGCAAUCGGGUGCACUUGCACCGAAGAGUUCAAAGAGCGUCCAAAAAAUUAUCCGAGCCGCAAAUUUCUUUGCGCUUCUUUAAACUCACGAUUUCAUACAUUUCGAUUCAUUCCAGAUAUCGGAGUCCGGAAAAUCUAACAAUUGGAUAAUUUUUUGAUCAAAUUUUUUUUACUAAGCCUGACUAAUUUACCGACGUAUCUCACUUGGCUUUCGA